AUGGGGACUUUCUGGGCGUUCGUUAGCAGAUUGGAAGAAUUUGUUUGGGGCUCGAAGGAUCAGUCACUGGAUUUCUUUCCUCCUGAGCUGCGGGAUGGUGUGGUCACUGUUAACCCCCCGUCUGAGGGGAAACCGUCGCAAGUUAAGGUUAGUCUCGCAGGCCCUAAUCUCUUCGUGUUUUCGUUCUUGGAUGUCGGUUUAAGGGAGUGGGUUCUGGAAAAUGGACCCUGGCAUAUACAGAACAAACCGUUAAUUUUGAGGGAUUGGACUCCUGGUAUGAAGAAGCUUUCCUUCGAUCUUUCACUCCUCCCGAUUUGGGUACAGCUCUAUAACGUUCCUUUAGAGCUUUACUCACAGAAGGGGCUUAGUUACAUUGCUAAUGCUCUAGGCAAGCCCUUAUUCAUGGAUUCUAUAACGGCUUCAAGACAGAGGCUCGAGUUUGCUAAGAUUUGUGUUGAGAUUGAAGCUGGAGCUAUUAUUCCUGAGUUUAUUCAAGUUCUCUUAAAGAAUGGAUCUUAUGUGAAUGUUAGAGUUCUUGUGCCUUGGUUCCCUAGAUGUUGCGCUUUAUGUAAAUCUUUUGGUCAUCUUGCUAGCUCUUGUACUGAGGCUAGGCAACCUCCUCAGAAGCCUAAAGAGCUGCAAGUUUGGAGGAGGAAAGACAGUAAUACCGUUGAUUUUGUCUGUAAUGAUAUUUUGACUGUAAUUCCUGCUGUUACUUCGGGGACUUCUGAGGUUGCUAAUACAUCUAAGAUGUCUAACUCAGUUUCUCCUCCUGGUAGUGCUAAUAAUUCUGAGGAAUUGCAGAUCAAUACGGAACUACGGGUUGGAAAAGUUAUGGAAACUUCAGUUCUGGCAUUGCAAGAGGUUUGUGAGCCUAAUUUGGAGGCUAUUAGGGAGAAUGACAGUGUAGAUACUGGUGCUUUAGGUGCUAAUCAACACCUGCUGGGAGCUGUCCAUUCUGGGGAGUUCCCUUCUCUCCAGGACUCUCUCAAGAAAAAGGUAAAGGGCAGAAAGAAAGAAAAUUUUGGCUCCUCAAGUAAAAUGGAGGUUGUGGUUGAUGCUCCUAGGAAAGUUCGUGAAGCUCGUGUUGCCUCUAUGGGUGUGGCUGCUCUUCUCAAUGAAAUUAAAUCUAAGAAGAAGGAUCAUCUUGAGAAGGCCAAGAGUUCAGUGGUUAAUUUGGGCAUUGGCAACUGUGCCCAGCAAAUUCCAGCUUAA